CCCGGGCCACGCCCACAACGCCAUGGAGGACCGCCGCCAGAGAAUGCGGGCAUAUAGGCGGGCACGCCGGAAGUUCGCCUGCGUCGUUUAUAUGGUGACCAUAGCCUGGAUGGUUCUGGCUCUUUUGCAGUGGCUCUUAGUCAGCUUAAUUUCGGACAUAAGCCUGGUCUUCAUCAACUUUUACUGGAUCAGCGUGAUCUUCUUUGCUUUGGCCAUGGUGAUGGUCACACUGUUCAUUUUCUUCGAGAAGAUCCGCUUUAUCAUUGGCCUCAACUGGCUGAUCACCGUGCUGAUAGUGGAGUUCGUGAUUAUAGGUAUUUUCGCUCUGGUGGCGCGAACUCUUUGGCCAGAUCUCAUAAUGUGGUUCUUCAUCUGCGUGCUACUGGUCUUCCUGUUCGUUCUGCUGGGAUCUAUAAUACCACACGAUCUCACAUUGGACGUUGUAAUCCUGUUCGUAAUGGCCUUUAUUUUUCUAAUCGUCACCAUCUUCUUUGUCAUGAUGCAUAUUCUGAUCGCUAUGCCCUAUUCCUUCGUGGUUUUCCAGAUCUUCAUCAGCGUUAUAGUGCUUUUGUUCGUAAUGUACCAUGCCCAGACAAUCAACGGUGGACGUUUCGCCGAGAUGCGACUUAAUGAUCACCUGCUGGCCUCGCUAAUCCUCUUCCACGACUUUAUCAUCAUCUUUCUGCUCACCUUCUAUGCGCAGAUUGUCUACCGGGUGGCUUCAAGUGCCUCGACCACAAAAGGUCCUCCGCUUCAAGAGACCUGGAUUCAGACGACCCCGGAUGUCUUUUACGUGACAUACGAGGAUGUCGAUACAAGCACCGAGGAUAGUGAAGAAUCCCCCGGUGAAGAACCAUCACCCGACGAAGGUAGCAUUGUUUUCUUCUAGGGUAAUUUACACCCUGAAUGACUAAGAUGAUUGGGCCGCAUUGAUCGGAGGAUGGUCAAUAAGAUCAUUUAAAGCUCCUCGGGAGGCUAAUAGCCCGUCGACUUAAAACGUAGCAAGGUAAUGAUAACCUAGGGAUAUAAGAUCGUGGCAUC